AUGGGGCGAAAACUGUCACUGAAAAACUCAGUGAGAAUUGUGAAAUUAGGAUUGACAACCCUUUGCACAGGGAAUCUCCAUUUGCUCAGGAGGGGAGUCGAGGAUGAAUUGGAUGAUGAUGGGUCGUCUUCGGAAGAAGAGGAUGAUGGAGGGUCGAUUGAGGAAGAAGAAGACUUUCUUCAGUACAGGGAUCAGCUCGAUGACGCCGAAGAAGGCGAUGAUGGAGCUGGAACCGACGACGAUGAUCAAGUCGAAGCAGAGGAGAUGAUGGCCAUGGCUCUUAUCGACGGCAUCUCCAUCAACGGCUCCAUCUAUGCCGACGAACUGUAUGACAAGGCUGAAGAGCGAAAAGAAGACGACGCGGCAAACCUUGGAGUCAAUUUUAUUGGCCAAAAUGAUCUCGACGAUGAUGCAAGUCUUGAAUUCGACUUUGAUCUUGACCUCUUGGCGUUUCAAGACUCGUCAUCUUCCUCUUCAGAAGACGAUCGAUCUCAAAAAGAUGACGACGAUGAAGACGAUCAUCUCUUUUAUGAUUCUCAUUGA